GAUAAAACUGGAGUCAACGAACAAGAGUGAGACUUACACAGUGGGAGAACAAGCUGGACCUUGUCCUUCAUUAGUGCUAUGAGUUAUGUGGACUAUAUAAGUCCCAAAGGAAGACAGGACUUCGCAGAGAGGGCAGACGUCUGGGCUCUUAGUCAUUCUGACUCAUUUCACCACUUGGGGAGGGGGCUCCACUUUGACGGGAUGUAUUUGGUUCUUGAGGCAUGAAGGCUCAUCAUAAAGCAUCUCCCAUGUCUGUAGCCUGGAGUUGUAGGUGAAAGAGAACUGAAUCUGAAUAGGAGGCCUGUGUUUUUGUCAAGAUUUAGUCAUUUGCUUGUUUGGAUUCAAGAGCUUGGAAAGAGAAGACUCUGGGCUACCCCACUCUACCAUCAUCUGCUGUGAGAACCCCAACACAAUGAAUGAUGUCCCACCAAGUUCCAGUAUGAAAGGCCAAGGCAGGAAGCAGAAUGGACAGGCCAACAAUCCCAACUAUAGCCGCCUAGCCUACAGCAUAACAGAUACUCCGCCCUGGUACCUCUGCAUCUUCCUGGGGAUUCAGCAUUAUCUCACAGCCCUGGGAGGGCUUGUGGCUGUGCCGCUCAUUCUGGCCAAGGACCUGUGCCUACAGCAUGAUCCCCUGUCCCAAAGCUACCUCAUCAGCACCAUUUUCUUUGUCUCUGGCAUCUGCACGCUCCUUCAAGUCCUUUUAGGAGUCAGGUUACCUAUUCUCCAGGGUGGCACAUUUGCCUUUCUGGCCCCAUCCUUGGCCAUGCUCUCUCUCCCUGCCUGGAAAUGCCCUGAAUGGACCCUCAAUGCUACCCAGGUGAAUGUCAGUUCUCCAGUCACUGAGGAAUGGCAGAAGAGGAUCCGAGAGUUACAGGGUGCCAUCAUGGUGGCUUCUUGUGUCCAGAUCAUUGUGGGAUUCUCUGGCCUCAUUGGCUUCCUGAUGCGCUUCAUUGGCCCCCUGACCAGCCCCACCAUCUCCCUUGUGGCUUUGCCUCUCUUUGACUCUGCAGGGAAUGAUGCUGGGAUCCACUGGGGCAUCUCUGCCAUGACCAUCUUCCUCAUUGUACUGUUUUCUCAGUACCUAAAGAAUGUCCAGGUUCCUGUACCAGCUUAUGGGCAAGUCAAAAAAUGCCAUGUUUCUAAGCUCUACCUCUUCCAGAUAUUCCCGGUGCUGUUGGGACUCUCCAUUUCUUGGAUCCUCUGCUAUGUGCUUACUGUGACCAAUGUCUUCCCCUCAUCCCCCUCUGCAUAUGGUUAUUUGGCUCGUACAGACACCAAAGGCAGCGUCCUGUCCCAGGCCCCUUGGUUCCGCAUCCCUUACCCAGGCCAAUGGGGACUGCCCACCAUCAGCUUGGCUGGGGUGUUCGGCAUCAUCGCGGGGGUGAUCUCCUCCAUGGUGGAAUCUGUGGGGGAUUAUUAUGCCUGUGCUAGGCUUGUGGGGGCCCCACCCCCUCCAAAACAUGCCAUCAAUCGGGGUAUUGGGAUGGAGGGGCUUGGAUGCCUCCUGGCAGGAGCGUGGGGGACUGGCAAUGGCACCACGUCCUACAGUGAAAACGUCGGUGCGCUGGGCAUCACCAGGGUUGGGAGCAGGAUGGUGAUCAUUGCUGCUGGCUGUGUGCUCAUUCUGAUGGGCAUAUUUGGGAAGAUUGGAGCUGCAUUUGCCACUAUCCCAAGCCCCGUAAUUGGGGGCAUGUUCCUGGUGAUGUUUGGAGUCAUCACAGCGGUGGGAAUUUCUAAUCUACAGUAUGUGGACAUGAACUCUUCCAGGAAUCUCUUCGUCUUUGGCUUCUCCAUCUAUUCUGGGCUGACCAUCCCUAACUGGGUGAACAAGAAUCCAGAGCGAAUCCAGACAGGCAUCCUCCAGUUGGAUCAGGUUGUCCAGGUUCUGCUCACCACUGGCAUGUUUGUGGGCGGAUUCCUGGGCUUCGUACUUGACAACACUAUCCCAGGAAGUCAGGAAGAGAGAGGACUCAUAGCGUGGAGCCAAAUACACAAGGACUCAGAGGAGGCCCUGAAUGUCACAGACAUCUACAACUUCCCUUUUGGGAUUGGCACAAAAUUCUGUGCUGCUUCCUGGCUCUGGUAUAUCCCCUUUUGGCCCAAACCAGAAUCUGGAGGGGGAGCAGGGGAAAGGGAGCAUCAUGUCCCUGAGGAGAAUGGCCACAUUUCACUAGGAGCAAGAGACAAGGUGGCUAUUGAAACAAGGAUGUGAAGAGAUGCUUCUUCCCCGUGAGAGACAUCCCGGAAGACACAGUGGCUUUGCUAGGCCUCCAUCCUCGGGCGAUGAAGUUAAUGAUCAGCCAUCUUCCAAGCAGUCCCUAAUUCUCUUAUGCACUGAUCAUACCUCCUCCAUGUCUUGUUUCCCCCCUUUAGUAUAAAUGAAAUGCAUAUCCUGAAACAUACAAAACACGAAUUUUAUUAUUGGCAAGUAUAGGAAUGGGUUUGGGCAGUGGGAUUAAAACUCUACAUUGAAA